UCUUGACUUCGGUAUAACUUACCAGCAUACAAGUUACUGAACUGAUUCAAGAAUAACUGUGCGAGGCACACAACGUGUGUGAAAUACGUUAUAACUGGACGGGUCCAUGUUCAGAGAAGUGCAGGGGAGACAAGUCGCACAGAUUGUUCGUACUGAUUUCCCUGGUUUACUCAUGUAAAUAUGACCUAGUUGGAAAGAUUUGGACUGGGGUCGGAGUUUUAUCAGUUGGUUCUAGUGAGUAUAUACAUCCUGUAGCUGGAGUUGGAAGGCUGAAUGACUGGGAAAAGUUUGUAAGUGUGUUGGGGUGACAUGGCGGACGGAGAUGGCCCGGUGUUAGAGGCUUGGCUGACCUCGCCCAAAACCAGCGGUCGGAAAGUCGACGUGAAUGUGAUCCUUACCACUGAGUGUAUAACCUGGGCAACAGAGAACAGGAAACAUAAUGUAACGGUGAACUUGUGUGACGUCUUGGUAGCGCGGUUCGUGGAUGAGGCAUCCCCAACUUCCCGUCAUGAGGGGCAUGCAUCCCUGGUUAUCCACUAUGUCAAACAUGUCACGCAUAAACACCGACGUAAUCUUUCUCAUCGCUGUGAGAUUUUUCAUGGAUCAGCGUCAGUUUGCAAACAAUGGAGGGAUAAGCUAAAUGAUAUCCUUCUCAUGAAGUUUCCUGAACGCCCCAAACGGCUGUUGGUGUUUGUGAAUCCAGUCAGCGGGAAGAAAAGCGGACCAAAAGUCUUUCACUCACAGGCAGAGCCUUUAUUUUCCCUGUGUCAGGUCACAGUAGAUCUUGUAGUUACAACGCAUGCGCAUCACACUGAGGAGGUUAUAGCUUCUUAUGACCUUGGCAAAGUGAAUGGAAUUGUGACAGUAGGUGGCGACGGUACAUAUGCAGAAGCUGUGAAUGGUCUUGCGCAUCGAAUGAUGUUAGAAGCGCACCAGGAUGAAAAUGACCCAGAUCUGGAUCUUAAACCUUUGCCAUUGCCAGUUGGAAUUAUUCCUACAGGAACUGGAGAUGGAAUUGUGGAAGUUGCGAAUACCACCAAGGACAUAGUGACUGCAGUGUUGUUGAUUAUUUUAGGUGGGAAGUUAGACAAGGACCUGGCCACGGUUCAUCAUGGCAGGAAGCUGUUGGUGUACUCUGUAUUAUUGACGGGAACGGGACUCUUCUCAGAGAUCAUUCGGAAAGCGGAAAGCAAUAGGAGCUUAGGUCGUGCACGCUACGUUUAUGGAGUAUUAUAUGGAAUAAUUAAACACCAGGUAAUUCAGGUGGAAGUGGAUUAUCUCCCCGUGUCAGAAAGCAGUUCCAGGGAUGAGGCUGUGAAGGAGAACUCGACAGGAGAGACGGUCUCAGGUUGGCAACACAAGAGCGGGUCUUUCGUACGGGUGGACAACUUAACCUACAGCGCGUCCAGAUCUCCCCUCCCUGACCGAGAGGCUCUGGGAGAUGGUGUUCUCCGCCUGUAUUUUGUCCGACCGUGCGGAAGGAUAUCUCAUGGGGUUUACGUGAAGAAGUGGCUAAAAGGGGAUCCUGACGUGGUCAAUUCCACAAUAGCUGUAGAAGUCAAGGUGAAAGCUUACAGGGUGAGAGCUGUGGGGGAAUGGCGGACUUCACCACAGAGUCAUAUCAUCAAUGUUGACGGGGAAAUCGUCAAUCUGCCAGAGCCAGACUUCUCUGUCAGGUGUCACAAAGGGGUAUCUCAACUAUUCUCUUGGCCGCUAGAUAGUAUCCCGCUAUCGUCAAGCCUGGCUGCUACUGCGCACGGAAGGGAAGAAAGUUCAGCUUCCAGCUUUGCACAAGGUGCCAACUCUCAGGAACCUUGAAGAAAAGACCAACGAUGAAGUCUGCAGAUGAGAAAUAUGCAAAAUUGAACUUUUGAAUAGACAUGUAUUAAGUUGCUGAUCCAUUUUUACCGUUUCCUUUUUAGCGUUUUCGUUUUGCUUUUUGUUUACUGAUUUGUAAUCAGUUUCUUUUUUAUCACACUUUACAAAUGAAAGCAAUGGAACAUGUGCCUUUUGGUCUAAUACAUUGACUUUAAGCACGCCUUGCCCCCACCUCUACCCUCAACUACUCCCCUCACCCACUCCCCAGUUUUGAUGUUUAUAAAACAAAAUCUCCAUUGUAACAGUUUAAAUAUUGUUCAGCUACAAGCUAUAUCGCCUUUACACCAUUUAACACUUUCAUUCAUUGUCGCUGUUUCAUUAUGUAUAUCCCAGUACACCUACAGACAGCUACCUAAACACAUUUUUCAGUUGACUGGUUAGUACUAAAUUGACUAAUAUUUUUUCAGUGUAUUUUAUUUUUCGCAGUAUACCCAACAGUUAUUUUCUUGGAAUUUGAAGUCAGUUUAACUUACCCAAGAUUAUUUCCAAAAGUUCCUUCCGUGAAGGCUUUACACUAUAAGUAUAUAUAUGUAUAUGUGUUUAUCUGUGUAUUGGUGCUCAUCGAAGACAAAGCACGAAAUCGUAUGGAUUAUUCUGUCAUCCAAAACACAUUUUAAAGGCUGGUCCGCGUUGUGUGUACAUAUAUACAUAUUACCAUGGUAAUCAUCACAAUUUUGGGUGGGUUCAUGCUUAUACACCCUACCGACAAGCUAUUUUAGUUCUUCCUCCCUGUUCAAAUCGCAACAUGUAUUUUAUUACCCUAGUGGACUGGUUCUGUGAAGCUGUGGUCCUGGGCCAUAAAACUAUUGCAGGUUAAGCUGAUUGUAACUGCCAUGGUUACAUGUGGUGGUUACAGUCGGUAGUUACAACUAACUUAGCCAGCUAUAGCUUUGUAGAAC